AUGUCUCGCCAUCAUCCCGACCUGGUCAUGUGCCGCAAGACAGCCGGCAUCUCCAUCGGACGACUCUGCGACAAAUGCGACGGCAAAUGCCCCGUAUGCGAUUCCUACGUGCGACCGACGACCCUCGUCCGAAUCUGCGACGAAUGCGCUUUCGGCAACUACCAGAACAAGUGCGUUGUCUGCGGUGGUGAGGGAAUAUCAGAUGCCUUCUACUGCUUUGAGUGCACCCGGCUGGAGAAGGAUCGAGAUGGAUGUCCCAAGAUCAUCAAUUUGGGCAGUUCGAGGACGGACCUGUUCUACCAGAAGAAGAAUUUCAGGAAUCAUUGA